GCUCUACUUGAAGACUUAACAUUGAAAGUAUCCUUCAUCACACUGAAUAUCCACGACUGAGCAUUUAAUAACAACAAACCUUGAAAGAUUGUCUGUGUUUGUAUUGCUUGUUCCAUCACUUGCUCUGCAGGAAACGAUAGGACGCGCUGUGAUGCGAGGACAAUAGUGGGGGGUGGGUAGGCAGAACGGAGAUUCCUGUGAGUGUGCAUUGAGAAAUAAUUGAGCGCCGUCAAAGCCAUUCAUUCAAGACCUUGACGAGCGCAGCUCUGUAAUUCAGCACCACAGUCUACUGAACAGCGCACAACGCAGGCACGACGAAUGAUAGCGAAUGUCAGUGGAUGGAUUCAAACAGUGGCACAAUAUUUCCACACUUUAUAUUCAAACUAAAGUAAUAUUUCUGAGCAAAACUUAGUUGGAUAAAGCUUUUCUCCACUCUCCGCUUGCGUGAUGCUGGUGUAGGCAAAAAGUGCUCUUUGGGAUGACUGUCUGCUCCCGGCACCGUGGAUCGGGGUCUAGAUAGGCGUUAGGAGUGGUGUGGAGCUGCGGAAGAGCCCCUACAUUCAGAAGGAUGCUGGUGGGAAAUGCCUGGAGACAGAGAGGACGAGAUUUGUCGAAAGGCUCUAGAACUGCUGUCGGAUCUAUGUUCUAGGGGCGAAGUGCAAAACGACAAUUGUGUGGAUUUCAUAUACUAUUUUCGAGAUCUUGCCAGACCGAGAUACUCAGACUCAGAUGUUUCGGUGAGCCUGCUGUCACUGUUGGUGACCACCUGUGGCCUGGCUCUUUUCGGGGUCUCACUCUUCUUUUCAUGGAAGCUGUGCUGGGUGCCAUGGUGCGACCGUGGCCUUCCCGAGGGCUUGAAGGAUGGCCACGGGGACCAGCAGCCAGUCCUGAUGGAGAUGGAUGGGGUGGAGAAUGAGUACAGCGAGGACUGUGUCAAGGAGCCCUCAGGCCUUUUAGCACCAGAGUCAGCCAUGAAGAUCAGCCACACGUCCCCAGACAUCCCCCUGGAGGUCCAGUCCAAGCCCAAGGAGAACCACAUCCGCCACAUUGCCCGCGUGCAGCGCCAGAUCACUGAACCCACCUCCUCUGUCCGGCACAACUCCUUCCGCCGCCAGAUGAACCUGUCCAACCCAGACUUCAACAUGGGUCAGUUCCAGAGACAGGAGUCCCUGGCCACUCUGGGCCGGAUCAAACCUGAGCUCUAUAAGCAGCACUCCGUGGACACGGACGACGGCAGGAGGGCCGACAGCUGCGGCCGGAUACACUUCAUCCUCAAGUUCGACUGUGACCUGGAGCAGCUCAUCAUCAAGAUCCACAAGGCCCAGGACUUACCGGCCAAGGACUUCACAGGAACCUCUGACCCUUAUAUAAAAAUCUACCUGCUCCCCGACCGCAAGACCAAGCACCAGACCAAGGUUCACCGCAAGACCCUCAACCCCGUGUUCGAUGAGGUCUUCCUGUUCCCUGUGGCCUACGCUGAGCUGCCCACACGCAAACUGCAUUUCAGUGUCUACGACUUUGACCGCUUCUCCCGCCACGACAUCAUUGGCCAGGUGGUGGUGGAUAACUUCCUGGACCUAGCAGACUUCCCCAGAGAGACUAAACUCUGUAGGGACAUCCAGUACGUCACCUCGGACAAUGUGGACUUGGGCGAUCUCAUGUUCUCCCUGUGUUACCUACCAACGGCUGGAAGGCUGACCAUCACAAUGAUCAAGGCUAGGAACCUCAAAGCCAUGGACAUCACUGGAGCCUCAGAUCCCUAUGUGAAGGUGUCUUUGAUGUGUGAGGGACGGAGAUUAAAAAAGAGAAAAACAUCCACCAAGCGAAACACUCUGAAUCCAGUCUACAACGAAGCCAUAGUAUUUGAUGUACCUCCUGAGAACAUUGAUCAGAUCAGUCUCCUAAUAGCAGUGAUGGACUAUGAUCGUGUAGGUCACAACGAGAUCAUUGGAGUGUGUAGGGUGGGCAACGAGGCAGAGAGCCUGGGUCGAGGCCACUGGAACGAGAUGCUGUCGUACCCCCGCAAGCCCAUCGCCCACUGGCACCCCCUAGUAGAGGAAACGGAGCAUGGCAUUGCGGAGGCACAGUGCGUGACAAUUGAUUUGUGGACAGAGGCGCAACAGAACGCAAAGGGGGGCCGGACCGUACACACAGAGAACAAUUUUGUGUGGGUGGGCCAGACUGCAGGUGGAAGUCAGGGCGGUUCCACCAACUCUCUGAAGACUCCUCCCUCACCAUGAUAUUAUUAUUAUUAUUAUUAUUAUUAUGAUGUGGAGAACACAGGGUGGUGAAGAAGAGGAUCAACAGAGAGCCUCAGCAUCAAAAGAGUAGGAGAGCAUUAAGCUGAUGGUAGAUGUUACUCAGUUUCCCCGACACAGAUUAAGCUUAGUCCUGGACUAAAAAACAUGCUACAUAGAGAAUCUCCAUUUAACAGUGCUUUUGAUCCAGGACCGGGCUUAAACCAUGUCCGAGAAACCAGCCCUAUGUGCUCCCACCGCAGAGUCUGUGCCUCCGUGACAUUCUUGCAUGGGGGACCAUGUUUAGUAAACUGCAUGUCCAGUGGCCAUUCAUUAGUACUAUUUGUUUAAAACGCAACAAAGUGUUCCAGUUUCAGUUGGGAGGUAACUGUAUAGUCUUGUUUAUGUCUUGUUUAUCACACAUUGUUACAAUUAAUUGGUAUUUGUUCUUUGGGUACAGUGCAUGGGUUCUUUCUUUUUUCCUGUAAUAUUGUCAUUUCUUAUGCUCUUUGGUUGAUUACAUGUGAAAUACUAGCAUACUGUAAGCACAAAAUGUACCAUGAAACUAAGACCUAGUAUGUAAAUUGUCCAUUCAGAUGUUACUAAAUAAAUAUUUAUAUAGUAGUUCCAGUGAUCAUACUGAAGAAUGCACAUACUUCUAGAAAGUUUUGACACAACAUGCUCUACAGAUAGUUUGCGGAUAGUAGGACCAUCUGUUGAUAAGCAGCUUGCUAAGGCUACUGUGAGGGUUAGGUUUUUUCCCACCUUUAUUUAACCAGGUAGGCUAGUUGAGAACAAGUUCUCAUCAGGUUUAGAAUACGGGUAAAGGUUAGGGCUAGGGUCAGUGGAUAGUUAGCUGAAAUGUUAGUGAUAGUCGGUAGAGCAUCUACAGAUGGCUUAUCCACAAAAAAGUAUGUUCAUUAAGUUUACCACACAAAGACAGACAGGUGAUUUUACCAUCUCAACAGUGAAUUGCUGUGUCAGGAAGAAAAGAGAAAAUAAACACACAGGCCUUAGAGCCUGUCCUGAACACUUUUCCCCACAAACCCACCUGCGGUUGGAGUCCCCAACUGGCCACAGACACUGACACACAUGACGGAUGCCGAGACUGUUGACAGCCAAACAAACAGUAACGAGGUGGGGUUGUGUCACACAUGGAGCUAACAAAAAUAUAUGGAAAUGUCUGCUCUAUCAAAAAUUACAACCAACUGAUUAUAGCAUUACCGCAAUAAUGGAGGUAAAUCGAAGGGGGAGAUGGUCGACAGACAAGAUCCUUACCCUACAUUAAAGACAAAUGUUUAUUAAUAAUAAUGUGAUAAAUAAAAAGUAUACCAGUUC